AUGGACAGCACUAAGCUCUCUGUAUUACUCUUGAAUGCUUUCCUCUUAAGCCUGUCUUGUGCUGAGGAUGAGAUAGCACCUCUAUCCUGCCCAGAGUACCAAGAGAGCUUUGACGGCUCCUGUUAUGAGUUUGUGGGUCCACCUCGUUCGCGUUCCUUCCUCAGUGCACAGGGUUGGUGUGAGCGAGGUGGUGGACACCUGGCCUUCAUUUUAAACGACGAAACACAGCAGUUCCUACAGAAGCACCUGCAGACGGAGCAGGAUUGGUGGCUGGGUCUGGCACCUGCCUCCCCAAACCUAACAAUGGACUCUGCUGCUGCUGAGGGUCCUCUCUCCUGGCUUGAUGGCUCUGAUGUCAGCUACUCUAACUGGGUGAACGACCCUGAUCCAGGGGCUGGCUGUGGUCACAUACUGAGGAGCUCAGGGUUUCAGUGGGAGGCAACAAGCAACUGUAGCCAGGAGCUGCACUUCAUCUGCCAAUUUGAAUCUGGGCGCUCCAUUGCUUGUGCUGCCCACAAUGCAACACUACAGUGUGGUUCUGGUCAGGUGAUAGAGAUUGAUGACAGCUUCUAUGGUCGUAAGACGGUUCACUACUGCCGGACGAGUCCCACUUCUUCAGCCACCUCCACACAGGAGGAGUGUAGCUGGAUAGAUGUUGUACAUUCAGUGACAGAACACUGCCGUGGGCUGCAGGCGUGCCAAGCCACGGCAGAUGUGGCCUCUUUUGGUGAACCAUGCCCAGGGCUUGGAAGCUACCUGUCUGUGGAAUACAACUGCAAAGAUGGUCUCCACUUAUUAAUGAGCAAGUUGGCUGCCGUCUUUGACAAUGUCUCCAUAACAGUGAAGUGGCUUCUCCAUCCCUUCCAGGGCAACCUGACCUGCACUCUAAGUGCUGGAGAUGGGCACAACAUCGAUCCUUAUAGUCCAGAAGACAGUGUGGUUCAUAAAUACACCCGUCCAGGUGUCUUCAUAGUUGGGGUGGAGUGUACCACCAGUGAGUGGCAUGUGACAGCUCAGAAAGCCAUCACCAUUCAGGAGCCCAUCGGGGAGUUUGGCGUCAUUAAGUGCUAUAGCAUGAACCAAUCAACAGAUGGAGCAAACUGCAAGGCCCUGUAUGGCAGUCCCCUUCAAAUCCAGGUUGAAGUAGAAGCUGGUACGAAUGUGACCUACAAAGUCCACCGUGGUGAGAUGUUGGUGGCCAAUUCAUCAGCAGUCAGAGGAAUCGUCCCCCACAACAUCACAGUGGGACCAGAGGUGGAGCAACAACUGGGCUCUGGCUGCCACCAGCUGACCCUGCAUGCCUCUAACGGGGUCUCGGUCUUGGGCGUGUCCACUGAGCUGCAGGUGUGUCUGCUGGAGCCAGUGGAGGGCCUGCUGGGAUCAGUGAUGGCUGAGGAGGGAGAGUGUCCAGACUCAGACCUCUACGUUACUGUCUCCCUGGACCGGGGAGUCCCGGUGCAGCUUCUCUUCCAGGUGUCUGGAGCCAACGACAGCAUCUCUGAGACCAGAGACAUGCAAAACAGAAGCAUUCAGGUUUACAAUAUCUCAACCACUAUCCAAGGAGCUUUGCAAGUGAAAGUCAGAGCCUGGAAUGUCUUCUCACACAUGGACGUGGAUGUGGGGAACACAGCAGCAGUUUGUCACAAUAAAUCAGAAUUUCAGACAGAGGAGCAUAAAAGGCUUCCCCAGGCUAAUGUGGUAAUCACUUCUGAUCCAGAAAGUCCAUCUGACUACACGCAAAGUGUCACACUUGGGUUAACUGGCUUGAGUGGAGUACUCGGAAUCAGUGAACCUGGAAUACUACUUGAAUGGGAAUGCAAUGAACAAUGUAAAUGCAGAGACAAAACAAACCAGGAGACUCAUGUGAUUACAGCAGCCUGUCUUCCAGACCCAUUUCUUUUUUAUAUAUACAGUUUUACUGUGCAGAAGAAAAAUGGGACCGGGGCUCAAGUGGCUAAAGCAGAGAAAUGCAUCACUGUCACUCCGCCAGAAUUCACCGAUGUUACCAUAAGCUUCAUCCACUGUAUGAAAACACAUUAUAUAAUAUUUAUUUAUAUUUCAGAUAAACAUUUGCGCUGCAGUUAUGGAAAUGAAGUCAAGUCAAUCUUCCUACCUCUCGGGAACAACAGUUACAACUACAGUCUGUCAGUGGUGGUUACUCUAAUAAAUGGGGAUAGAAAAACAAAUGCCACGAUCACCACUGAGGUGUGGCCAGCCAACUCCAGUUCCUCAGUGGAGAAUCUGCAGUCUGUGGUUGAGAACACUGUCGCUCAGCUACAGCAACAGGGGUUGCUCACUGGGGAGACCCUAGGACAGAUGUUCAAGUCUGUGUCUGACAUUCUGAACAAGGGCUCCAGUGAGGAUCAGAAAGGUGCCAGGGAGGAGCUGCGAGAACAGAUGCUGAGCACCAUGACUGCAGUGCUGAAGAAUGUCCCCAACAACACUCCUCAGGAAGUGGAGCUGACGGCUAGAGCAGUGGCAGGGAUCACCAAGAGGAGGGAAGAGGUCAAUUCCGCUGCUCAGCUAGAAGCUAGCUCCCUGGUGGCAGACCUCAGCUCUUCCCUCCUCUAUAUGAAUGUCAGUGAGCAUGGUGGACAAGAGAUGGUGCAGGCAGCUACACCAAUUGUAGAGGCAGCCAGCAAUAUCCUGGGAGUCUCUUCAAAUGCAAGCACACAGAGAAAGGUCUCAAAGACUCUCCUGAACAGUAUGGACAAUGUGCAGAGUGCACUGUUAAAUGGUAAAAAGGUUGGUCAGGAGCCUGCCAUUAUCAAGAGCCCUGAGAUCAGUGUGUAUGCUAACAGGAUGUCUGCAAAUAGCAUUCAGAUGCAGUCUAUAAACAUCCCAGAUAGCUCCUCUGCCAGCUUUUCCUUCCCUCCCCUGGGUGCUGAUGUCCUUUCUCCAGAGGAACCAGUGGAUGUGCGAAUGCUGAGUUUUGAGAAGAACCCUUAUUCUUGGAGUGAGGGGGGUAACAUCAGUGGUGCCAUGGGGUCUGUGACACUCACCAGACAGGAUGGAUCAGCCAUCCCUGUGGAGAACCUGUCUGAGGAAAUUGAGAUCCUCUUGCCGAGACUUGGAGGCGGGCAGGUAAACAGCACAAUCCUUGAACUGGGAAACUACAGCACACUGAUGAUUGACGUCCCUUCACCAGACAUAACACUGGUGCUAAAGAUGGAGCCCUCAGAGGACAUACCAUUUGUACUGUUGCUGGGGUAUAAAGACUACCCAAAGGACAAGCAAUAUGUAGCCAAGACGCAGAUGCCUCAUCAAGGCAAUUCACAAGAGAGAUACACCUGGGUCCUGGGUCCCAAUGAUUUGACAGGAAAAGUUGGGGUGCAUUACCUUGUGGUGAGGCCCAUUGUAGAAGCAGGGGUUAAAUCAGUCAAUGCCACUGUGACUGUCACCUCCAUUGCUGCCCAGUGCAAGUAUUGGAAUGAAACCUUAUCCACCUGGAGUGAAGAUGGCUGCAGGGUUGGUCCUUUAACCACGUCAUUGGUCACUCAGUGCUUAUGUAACCAUUUGACCUUCUUCGGGAGCUCUUUCUUCAUCAUGCCCAACCUUGUGGAUGUGUCACGUACCGCUGAGCUCUUUGCCACCUUCUCAGACAACCCUGUGGUGGUGUGCUUUGUUGGUGCCAUCUUCAUUGCUUAUCUCUUGGUGGUCGUGUGGGCACGCAGGAAGGACAUCAAGGACAUAGCCAAGGUGAAGGUAACAUUGUUGGAAGAUAAUGACCCCUUGGCUGAAUACCGUUACAUGCUGAAUAUCAGCACUGGGCAUCGGCGUGGUGCUUCCACCUCGUCUCAGGUUACUGUGACUCUGCUGGGCACGGAGGGAGAGAGUGAGCCACACCACCUCGCUGACCCUGACAAGCCUGUGUUUGAGAGGGGUGCAGUGGAUACGUUCCUGUUGACCACACCCUUCUCUCUGGGGGAGCUGCAGAGCAUCAGGCUGUGGCACGACAACUCAGGGGGGCACCCAGCCUGGUAUAUAAACAAAGUGACGGUGCAGGAUCUAGAAACUGGACAGAAGUGGCACUUCCUGUGUAACUCAUGGCUGGCCAUAGAUAUGGGCGAGUGCAUCCUUGAUAAAGUCUUCCCUGUUGCCUCUGACAUAGAUUUGAAGAAAUUCAGUAAUCUGUUCUUCAUGAAAACAGCAAAGGAUUUCCGUGAUGGCCACAUCUGGUUUUCUGUGAUCAGCCGGCCUCCAACGAGCACCUUCACAUGUGUCCAGCGAGUCUCCUGCUGUUUCUCUCUGCUGCUGUGUACCAUGCUGACCAGCAUCAUGUUCUGGGGCAUCCCUACCGACCCCUCUGAGCAGACCAUGGACCUGGGUCAUAUCGAGUUCACCUGGCAGCAGGUGAUGAUCGGCGUUCAGAGUUCAAUCAUAAUGUUUCCAAUUAAUCUCCUCAUUGUGAGUAUCUUCAGAAACACCCGCCCCCGAGAGACGAAGCCUGGAAAGCCCAAGGCAGAGGUGUCCAAGCAGGGGAAGACUGGCAGAGUGACUCCUUCACAGCCUCCGUCCCCACAGAGGGAGAGAGAACUCACACCAGACACUGUCAUAAAGGACAUAAAGAAGAUUGCUCAGUCACUCUCCAAGGCUAUGAAGAGCCCCAUUCCACGCCUGGAGUUAGAGAUGAAGUCUGGACCACAGACUGAUAUCAACUCUCUGCUCUCUCUGGUGGAGGACAUCAUCCGGCAGCAGAACCGAGCCAGUGGAGAGUUCUACACUGAUGCCUCCAAGAAAGAGGGAUCGCUCAUUCUCUCACUAGGGGUAGCCAAUCUGCAAGAGACCAGCCUGUGUGGGAGCCCUGAGAAGACUGGGGAUGGGAGACAGAAAAGGAGCAACAACAGCCAGUAUCUGUACAGGCAGCUACACCAUGUAGAGAAGGAGCUGAGCCUACUGGGACCUUCUCGCUUCCCCAACCCAGACAGCUACUGCCGGGCAGUGCAGCAGGUCCAAGGCAUGAGGGGUCUGCUAGAGUCCCACCUCUCCUCUUCCAGCCUGGGAGGGGACCAGCUGUCUCAAAGCCCCAGCCCAGCAGAGAGCAGUGAGGGAGACAGCAGUAGUCAGAAGCAGGGCGGGCUGCCCUGGUGGUUUGUGUUUAUUGGCUGGAUUCUGGUGUUAGCCACCAGCGGAGUAUCAGGAUACUUCACCAUGAUGUAUGGGUUGACCUAUGGGAAGGACCGCUCUAUAAGCUGGCUCAUCUCCAUGGUCGUGUCUUUCUUUGAGAGCCUCUUUAUCACUCAGCCGCUGAAGGUGCUUGGUUUUGCAGCCUUCUUUGCUCUCGUUCUGAAGAAAGUUGAUCAGGAGGACUAUGGGGAUGCAAAGUUUGAGGGGGAGCUCCGAAACCCAGAUGACCCUGAUGUGGUGCGGGCUGUCAGGAGGGAUAGCACAUGCAGCUUCUACCAGCCCCCUCCUCCAACAGACAUCGAGAGGAUGAGGAGCAACAUGAUCAAGGAGCAGAAGGUCUUUGCCCUCAUCAAAGAGAUUCUCAGUAAGAGGAACCGCUUUUUCAUUCACCGCACUGUCAUUCACUGCACUUAUUGGUUAACAUACAUGUUUAAGGCCUAUGAUUCUGUUGCAGCCUACAUGGGGUUCAUGUGGAUGUUGCUCCUGGUGGCAUAUGGCCAGCGGGACCCUAAUGCUUACUUCCUGACUCAGCACAUUCGGCAGAGUUUCAGCCAAGGGAUCUCAGACAGCAUGAGUCACAAAGAUGUGUUAACCUGGGCCAAUACCUCUCUUCUCAGCAACCUCUUCGGAGAGUACCCAGGUUUCAUCACUGAUGGGAACUCCAAACUGGUUGGUAAUGCCCGACUUCGCCAGGUGAGGGUGCAGAAGAACUCCUGCCGCAUCGCCCGCUCCAUGCGCCAGGCUGUACCUGACUGCCAUGCUCCAUACUCAUGGGAGGUGGAGGACAUGGGCUCCUAUGGGCCAGGCUGGAACCGCUCUGCGAGCGAAAACGCCUCAAAGACCCUCCACAGUCCCUGGCAGUACCAAACCCAGGCCAGACUCAGAGCCCAACCCACCUGGGGCAGUGUGGUCCUCUACAGGGGAGGGGGGUAUGUGGUGGACCUGGGCCCAGAGUCACAGAAUGCUAGCAGUACCCUUCAAUAUCUGUUUGACAACACCUGGCUUGAUAUGUUCACCCGAGCAGUUUUUGUAGAGUUCACUGUGUACAAUGCCAAUGUCAACCUCUUCUGCACUGUCACACUCAUGCUGGAGACCACAGCUGUAGGAGCGUUCCAGUUUCGCAGUGAGCUGCAGAGUGUCCGACUAUACCAGUCUACCGGUGGACUCCAUAUCUUUGUCAUGGCAUCUGAGGUCAUCUAUUUCCUCUUUAUCCUCUACUAUAUGUAUGUUCAGGGAAAGCUGAUGAAGCUGCAGAAGUGGGAUUACUUCAAGACAAAGUGGAACCUGCUGGAGCUCGCCAUCAUCCUCCUGAGCUGGAGCGCGCUGUCUGUCUUCAUUAAGAGGACCCUGUUAGGGAACCGGGACAUGGAGUACUACCACAACCAUAAAGACCAGUUUGCCAGUUUCCAUGAGACAGCCACAGCAGAUGCAGUGCUGGGGUAUCUGAUCGCAUUCCUGGUGCUACUGGCUACAGUCAAACUGUGGCAUCUGCUGAGGCUCAACCCCAAGCUACACAUGAUCACAGCCACACUGCAACGGGCCUGGACUGACAUAUCAGGCUUCCUCGUGGUCAUCACCAUUAUGUUCCUGGCCUAUUCUAUCGCUUCUUAUCUAAUGUAUGGCUGGAAGCUGUACUCAUAUAGGACUCUCCUGGAUGCUGCUCUGACCAUGGUCAGCUUACAACUGGGCAUCUUCAACUAUGACGAGGUUCUUGAUUACAACCCGGUGCUUGGUGCGUUCCUCAUCGGCUCCUGCAUUAUAUUCAUGACCUUUGUGGUUUUAAACCUGUUCAUCUCAGUCAUCCUGGUGGCGUUCACUCAAGAGCAAAUACAUCACAAGCCCUCAGAGGAGGAGGAGAUAGUGGAUCUGAUGCUGAUGAAGCUCUGCAGCUUGUUUGGAAUCAAAAUGAAGAAGGAGGAGAAAGAAGACAGUGACAGCCCCAAGGAGAAUGGCAUGACUGCCUCAGCAACUAACAAAGGAUUCUCCACUAUAUCCUCAUAGAUGUUACUUCGAAGUACUGGUGUAUCACUCUGUAUGUAUUCAUAGUGAGCUGUCAUUUUCAUUUAUGUUGCUUUCUAGGAGCGGUGAUG